GGUGAUUGACAACACGCUGAACCCAGACUUUGUGCGCAAAUUCGUCCUGGACUACUUCUUUGAGGAAAAGCAAAACCUGCGCUUUGAUGUAUACAACAUUGACUCCAAAACCAACAUCUCCAAACCGGGGUGUACCAGGCAAGAAGUGUGGGACCAUACUGCUGACUGCAGAGGAGCUUAGCAAUUGUCGGGACAUUGCCACCAUGCAACUUUGUGCAAACAAGCUGGACAAGAAGGAUUUCUUUGGAAAGUCAGACCCCUUCCUUGUGUUCUAUAGGAGCAAUGAGGAUGGCACGUUCACCAUCUGCCACAAGACGGAGGUUGUGAAAAACACACUGAAUCCUGUGUGGCAACCCUUCAGCAUCCCUGUGCGGGCAUUGUGCAAUGGAGACUAUGACAGAACAGUGAAGAUUGAUGUGUACGACUGGGACCGGGAUGGAAGCCAUGACUUCAUCGGUGAGUUCACCACCAGCUACCGGGAGCUGAGCAAGGCCCAGAACCAGUUCACAGUGUAUGAGGUACUUAACCCUCGGAAGAAAUGUAAGAAGAAGAAAUAUGUCAAUUCAGGAACUGUGACGCUGCUCUCCUUUUCUGUGGACUCUGAAUUCACUUUUGUUGAUUACAUCAAGGGAGGGACACAGCUGAACUUCACAGUAGCCAUUGACUUCACAGCUUCUAAUGGGAAUCCUCUGCAGCCCACCUCCCUGCACUACAUGAGUCCCUACCAACUCAGCGCCUAUGCCAUGGCCCUCAAGGCAGUGGGAGAAAUCAUCCAGGACUAUGACAGUGACAAGCUCUUCCCAGCCUAUGGCUUUGGGGCCAAACUGCCUCCAGAGGGACGGAUCUCCCACCAGUUCCCCCUGAACAACAACGAUGAGGAUCCCAACUGUGCGGGCAUUGAAGGUGUGUUGGAGAGCUACUUUCAGAGCCUGCGCACAGUGCAGCUCUAUGGGCCCACCUACUUUGCUCCUGUCAUCAACCAGGUUGCCAGGGCUGCAGCCAAAAUCUCUGAUGGUUCCCAGUACUACGUUCUGCUCAUCAUCACUGAUGGGGUAAUCUCUGACAUGACGCAGACCAAGGAGGCUAUUGUCAGUGCCUCCUCACUGCCCAUGUCUAUCAUUAUUGUCGGUGUGGGACCAGCCAUGUUUGAAGCAAUGGAAGAGCUGGAUGGUGAUGACGUGCGCGUGUCCUCUAGGGGACGCUAUGCAGAACGGGACAUCGUUCAGUUCGUCCCAUUCCGAGACUAUGUUGACCGGUCAGGAAACCAGGUGCUGAGUAUGGCCCGACUAGCCAAGGACGUGCUGGCUGAGAUCCCAGAGCAGCUGCUGUCCUACAUGCGCACCAGGGAUAUCCAACCUCGCCCCCCACCUCCUGCCAACUCCAGACCAACUCCCGCUCCAGAACAGCCCUGAGGAGCCUACCUAUUCCGUAACUAGCAGCCUGCUUGCCUGCCCACCCACUGCUUCUGCUGAAAGCCAGAGGCACCUGGAGCCCUGGACCUUACUGAGUCCAGCUUAGAGGAUCAGUGCUGGCUGGUCGAGCCCUCUGUCCCCUCACCCAUAGAAGGGCCUGGCACUGUCACCACCUCCCUGCCUUCAUGCCAAUAAUAAAGCUGAUCUUUACUCCA